AUGGCCAGGGCCACAUCGCAUGGCGCUGCUGCAGCUGCCCACCCGCGCCAGAGCAACCAUCGCCGACACGGAGCGGCGUCGUCGCCGUCAGGCAGGAAUAAUAAUAAUGAUGAUAAUAGUCAUAGCGAGGAGGGAGUUGGCCUGCUCGCGGCCGGGCCAGACGCAGCAGACGACGACAACGACGACGACGAUGGAGAUGAUGCACUCAUAGUCCACCCGGGCGACGACUCGGACGGCCACCAUGCCCCGCGAACCCCGCGCACACCAAACCGAGUCCGCUUCGACCUGCGCCCGACUAUGAUCGACGACGGCAACCGGCGCAGCGACGGCUCCGCCUCGGAGCAAGCCGACGACCAUGACCCGUACCCGCGCGAGAGCUUCGACUUCGACGACCUGGACGCGUCCGACCCCCUCUCCUCCUCCUCCUCGUCGUCGUCGUCCCUUCACACCCGCCACCAGCACCGCCAGCAACAACAACAACGCGUGCCGCUCUUGACGGGAAUCGAAGCCCCCUCGGUGACGGUGGCGACCACGCCCAGCAGCCCGUUCCACUCCCACGAAGACGCCGAGACGUGGGCGGCGGCCGAGCGCGCGCGGCCCAAAUCGUCGCUGCCGUCGGCGUUCAUGAACAUGGCCAACUCCAUCAUCGGCGCGGGCAUCAUCGGGCAGCCCUACGCGUUCCGCCAGGCGGGCCUGCUCUCGGGCGUGGCCCUGCUCGUGGCGCUGACCUUUGUGGUCGACUGGACGAUCCGCCUGAUCGUGGUCAACUCCAAGCUGAGCGGCGCCAGCUCCUUCCAGGGCACCGUCGAGAAGUGCUUCGGGCGGACCGGCUUGGUGGCCAUCUCGGUCGCGCAGUGGGCCUUCGCCUUUGGCGGCAUGGUCGCCUUCGGCGUCAUCGUCGGCGACUCCAUCCCCAGCGUGCUGAGGGCCGUGUGGCCCGGCCUGCGCGAGAUGCCGGUCCUGGGCCUGCUGGCCGAUCGCAGGGUCGUGAUUGUGGUCUUUACGUUGGGCGUGAGCUACCCGCUGACGCUGUACCGGGAUAUUGCUAAGUUGGCCAAGGCGAGCACGCUUGCGCUGGUGAGCAUGGUGGUCAUCGUGGUGACGGUUGUGGUGCAGGGCUUGAUGGUGCCCGCGGAGGCCAGGGGGUCGCUGAAGGACUGGCGGCUGCUGGUGAUCAACGACGGCAUAUUUCAGGCCAUUGCCGUGAUAUCGUUUGCCUUCGUCUGCCACCACAACUCUCUCCUGAUCUACGGCUCCCUCGAGAAGCCGACGAUCGACCGCUUUGCCAAAGUCACGCACUAUUCGACUGCCGUCUCCAUGUUUGCCUGCCUGUUCAUGGCCCUCGCCGGGUUCCUCACGUUCGGCGACAAGACACAGGGCAACGUGCUCAACAACUUCCCGCCCGACAACACCAUGGUCAACGUCGCGCGGCUCUGCUUCGGCCUCAACAUGCUCACCACGCUGCCGCUCGAGGCCUUUGUCUGCCGCGAGGUCAUGCUCAACUACUAUUUCCCCGGCGAGCCGUUCAACAUGAACCUGCACCUCAUCUUCAGCUCGAGCCUGGUGUUUACUGCCAUGGUGCUGAGCCUGGUGACGUGCGAUCUGGGCACCGUGUUUGACCUGGUCGGCGGCACGAGCGCCGCCGCGAUGGCGUAUAUCCUGCCGCCGUUGUGUUAUAUCAAGCUCACCACCAGGUCGUGGAAGACGUAUCUAGCGUGGGCGGUCGUGGCGUUUGGGUGUACGGUUAUGCUAAUGAGUAUGUUGCAAGCCACGGAGAAGAUGAUAAAGGGCGAGGGAGGCACCAGGCAGUGUUACUAG